CCCGCUGGAUGCGACACAGAGUUAGUUGCGUUACGCCGCUAAAUGUUGACAGCGCGUCUUCACUGAAACUUGCAGGACGUCUUUUGUCUUCUUGCUUUGCAGCCCUCCUGUCCAGUUUGGGAACUAUAGGAGUUGUUGAUCUGCCAGCAGGACAUGUCCGCACUGCAGAGCUGCGCUGUCUUGCUGUUUCUCAGCUUCCUUGUUGAUCCAUCCAUGUCUCUGAAUCCCCGAGACCCCAACGUCUGCAGUCUAUGGGAGAGCUUCACGACCUCAGUGAAAGAGUCCUACUCCCAUCCAUACGAUCAUGUAAUGGAGGAGCCUUGCACGGAUCGUUGGACCUCCUACAGAUGUCCUCGCCACAGGAUCACCUACAAGACAGCCUACAGGCAGGCGGUGAAAAUGGACUACCGUAAGAGAUACCAGUGCUGCCCGGGAUACUACGAGAGCAGAGACAAGUGUGUCCCCCGCUGCACCAAGGAGUGUGUUCAUGGCCGCUGCGUCGCUCCGGACCGCUGCCAGUGUGAAGGCGGCUGGCGAGGAGAAGACUGUUCAAGUGCCUGUGAUGAGAAGCACUGGGGGCCGAGCUGCAGUCAGACGAGUAAAUGUGAGAACGGCGCUCUCUGUCAUCCCGUUAAGGGGACAUGUCAGUGUCCUCCAGGGUACAUCGGACGAUAUUGUGAGGACCCCUGUCCAGCUGGCAACUUUGGCAAGGGCUGUCUGCAGAGAUGCAAGUGUGGGACGGGGGGAGCCUGUGAUAAAGCCAGCGGAGAGUGCACCUGCCGGGAGGGGUUCACCGGGACGUUCUGUGAGGAGGCGUGCCCUAAGAACAGAUGCCCUCUGCGAUGCCCCUGCCAGAAUGGGGGUAUUUGUCAGGGCAAAGGGGUCUGUGCCUGCCCUCCAGGAUGGACGGGGGCGGUGUGUACAGAACAGUGUCCAGAGGGGAAGUUUGGUCCAAACUGCUCCAAGGAGUGUGUUUGCCACAACAGGGGCCACUGUGAUCCCGAGACUGGACAGUGCCAGUGUGCGGAGGGUUUCACAGGAGACAGGUGCAGUGAGGAGUGUACAGUUGGGACCUACGGUCCGAACUGUAAGGGCGUGUGUGACUGCGCUAAUGGUGCUCGCUGCUACAACAUUGAUGGAGGUUGUCUGUGCGAGCCGGGUUUCAGGGGGCCUCAGUGCAGGGACCGCAUGUGUCCGCACGGCAGCUACGGCCUGCAUUGUGAACGCACAUGCCUUUGCCAGGACAAGCACACACUCAGCUGCCAUCCAAUGAAAGGCGAGUGCACCUGUCAGCCAGGGUGGGCGGGACUCUACUGCAACGAGACGUGUGCUCACGGUUAUUAUGGCCAUGGCUGCCUCGAGCCCUGCCUGUGUGUGAAUGGAGGGGUGUGCGAUAGUGCCACUGGGCAGUGUCAGUGUGCCCCUGGUUAUAUGGGAGUUCACUGUGAAAGUCCUUGUAAGACUGGUACGUAUGGUAAGAACUGCUCUUUGGAGUGUUCCUGUGUCAACUCUGUCGACUGCUCGCCGGCCGAUGGGACCUGCUUCUGUAAAGAGGGCUGGAGAGGGCGGGACUGCUCGAUCCCCUGCUCCGAGGGCACCUGGGGUCCAGGCUGCAAUGCCACCUGCCAGUGCGCCAAUGGGGCAAAAUGUAACCCUGCAGAUGGAUCCUGCACCUGCACAGCAGGCUGGCAGGGGGCGCUGUGUGACCAACCAUGUCCAAUGGGCACGUUUGGGCCGGACUGCCUGAAGAGGUGUGAUUGUGUCCACAGUGAUGGCUGCCAAGCCAGCAGCGGGGAGUGCCGUUGUCUGCCAGGCUGGUGGGGUCCCCGUUGUAGUGAGCCGUGUCCUGAUGGCCUGUGGGGGCGCUACUGUAACCACACCUGCUUCAAGCGUUGUCCCAACAGCGACACCUGUUUACGGGAGACUGGCGCCUGUGUGUGCCGGCCAGGCUUCUGGGGAGCACUUUGUCAGAACAAAUGCGGAGCUGGUAUGUAUGGUUACCAGUGCAGUAUGUCAUGCCCUUCCUGUGGCCAGUCCUAUCGCUGCCAUUAUGUCACAGGUGAAUGUGACUGUCCUCCAGGAUACACCGGAUCUCACUGUGAUAAAGUUUGUCCAGCCGGCUACUAUGGCAGACAGUGUUCUGAGGUGUGUGUCAGCUGUGCCAACAACUCAACAUGCAACCAUCGGGAUGGCCACUGUGAAUGUCUUCCUGGCUGGAUGGCAUCUGACUGCUCCAUACCUUGCAGCGCAGGCCGGUUCGGUGCAUACUGUGCCCAGACAUGCUCCUGUCCACCAAACUUCAGCUGUGACCGAUAUAGCGGAGACUGUGUGUGUGAGACGGAGGGAGAUUACUGCAAACAAGAGCCGUCAAGCAGUGUGAUGGUACCACUUCCUCCCGGUGAGAGGGAGUCAUGGGGGGCCAUAGCGGGCAUUGUGGUCCUUGUUAUCCUGGUGGUUUUGCUGCUAACCCUCCUGCUGCUUUACCGGCGGAGGCAGAAGGACAAACAGAGCAACACACCCACUGUCUCCUUCUCCACAACACGCUCCGUCAACUCUGAAUACGCCGUCCCAGAUGUUCCUCACAGUUACCACCACUACUACUGCAACCCCAGCUACCACACACUGUCACAGAACAGACCUCCGCUCCCACACCUUCCCAACAACCAUGACCGCACCAUCAAGAACACCAACAACCAGCUGUUCUGCAGUGUAAAGAACAUGGAGAGGGAGAGACGGGGCCUUUUCGGGGUCGAAAGCAAUGCCACCCUGCCUGCAGACUGGAAACACCAUGAGCCGCGUAAAGAGCCAGGAGCCUUUGGAAUUGAUCGCAGUUACAGCUACAGUGCCAGCCUGGGGAAAUAUUACAACAAAGAGCUGAAGGACACUGUGGCACAAAGCAGCAGCUCCCUGAACAGCGAGAACCCGUACGCCACCAUCAAAGACCUGCCGGGCCUACCCUUGUGUCCGCCGGAGAGCAGCUACAUGGAGAUGAAGUCGGCCAUGCCCAGAGAAAGAGCCUACACGGAGAUCAGUCCACCGCCGUUCCACUACGCCACCUUACGCAGGGAGCGUCAGAGUUCUCUUGGACACGCCUCCGAGCCCGACACCCAGAACCACUACGAUCUCCCUGUCAACAGCCACAUCCCAGGCCACUACGACCUGCCACCUGUCCGCCGACCCCCAUCCCCAUCCCGCAGGAGAACACCUUAAUGGCCCCUACCAGCAGACACCCGUACACACUUCUUCUUUCAGCUGGGCAACGCAAUCAUGUUUGUAUGCAACAAAAAGAAAAAAGAAAAAAAAAGAAAAAGGAAAGAAAAUCCAAAGAGGAGCUGUGUUUAUUAAGCUCUUGUUUGACAACUGAACCCCCACCUAGUUUGGACCAUCCACAGCGGGAGGGGGAGGUGGGGUGCUGCUGCCCAGCGUGUUGCGUACAUAUGUCGCCCCCUGCGGGUCAAAAGUGGUAUUUGUCUCGCCACGCCAGACUUGAGAGCCAGACUGUGCAGCCAGCGGGGCUGCUGAGCCGGUGGUUAAGAAGGUGACCCCAGCGGGGUUUUCUGAGGACGCAACAAGUCACACGUACACACACACACACACACACACACGUCCCACGUGUUCAUCUACAUACGGCUCACUUUAUCUUGCUGUCAUGGAGAACAAUGUAAAUUUCCCAGUGAAAGAAAAAACACAACUGAUCAGGACUAGAAGGUCCUGGUCAGCAAGCCGUGUGCUCGGAGUAAGAUGUCACGUGUUUAAAAGAUGGCAGAGGGGCUCAGGCUGAUACGAUGGCUGACCUGACCCUGCAGCACGUCGACCAUAAAGACCUGCACCCAUACUCGAGUCACAAGGUUUCCAUGACAGCAGCAUCUUGAAUGUUGUUGCACAGUCAUACAUCUUGAAGAGGCCGUGAUGGAUUCUGCAUGCGUUUUAUCUGCCGCUUCAACCAUUUAUGAUGAAGUGAGUCGGCGGUGACGACUCUGGGAGCUUAUUAACGUCCGUUUGAGAAACGCUAUCAAGUAAUGGCUCUACUCCAAAACGCCGUAUAUUAGGUUUUGGAUAAGUUGGGGUUUAGCAUUUAACAUGUUUGUAAUACUGCAGCUGCUGUUUGAGAGACCAGUAGGUCAGUUUGUUCUCUUGGUGUUGUUCACUCGUCAGGAUACUCAGCUUCUUCCCCUCGUUCUGUAUAUCUUGUUGUGUAGCAGAGCUCGUCAUUUGCAGCUCAGUCCUGUCUGUCUCCCCGUCCAUGGCCACAGGUGACCUGCGCUGCAGAAGCUGGCGUGCUUUACACCGGUAGUUUGUACAGUAGAGCUGCUGCUUACCACGUCCAUGUAUCUGUGAAUGUACCACGCUCCUGUUGUAAGAUAAUGUAAAUAAAGAC